CUGCGUCAGUAAAAGCCAGGUAGCCAGAGAGAGUAGGUACCACUCUACAGUACUCAUCUGAUUGCUCGACACUCCUCCAGUAUUCAGUUGUUACUUUUUUUUUACCUGGACCGAUUGGAGAAGAAGCCAAAGCGUCUUAAUUCGUUUUCGUCGUUACUGAAUACCUGGGAAAUCAAAAAUACGAACACCGUAUUGGCUUCAACAAAAUUAGCGUUCGAAGAUGGCCUUAGACUUCGUUGCAGGAUGUCUUGGGGGAUGCGCAGGAGUAGCAGUGGGUCACCCCUUCGACACAAUCAAGGUCAGAAUGCAAACACAAGACUUCCGAAACCCAAAGUACCGAGGGGCUUUCCACUGCUUUAACAGCAUCCUGAAGAAUGAAUCCAUCCGAGGGCUGUUCAAAGGCAUGUCUUCCCCGAUGGCCGGAGUGGCGGUUGUCAACGCUAUCAUCUUCGGUGUCCAGGGCAACGUCUCGAGACACAUGAAAGACCCUGAUGCCUUAAGAUCACACGUAAUAGCAGGUUCAUCAGCUGGGUUAGUGCAGGCUUUCGUCACGUCGCCCAUGGAACUGUUGAAAACCAGACUGCAGUUGCAGGAAUCUUCCGCUCUUACGAGUCCCAUUGAGUGCGCGAGAAGAAUUUUCCAGACAGAAGGACUCAAAGGGCUUUUCCGAGGACAGCUGAUCACCGUAAUGAGAGAUGUUCCAGCCUUCGGAACAUAUUUCCUGACGUACGAGGCCCUGUCCCGACUGUACGUAGGUGACGACGGGCUUCCCUCGGCCCCCGCAGUGCUCAUGGCAGGCGGCAUGGCUGGGGUGGCCUCGUGGAUGAUCACGUACCCCAUAGACGUCGUCAAAACUAGGCUGCAGUGUGAUGGUAUAGGUGGCAUCACUAAAUACAAAGGCAUCUUAGACUGUGUGAAGGUGGGCAUCGCAGAGGAGGGCUUGGGUUCCCUCACCCGCGGCCUCGCCCCGACCCUGCUACGCGCCUUCCCCGUCAACGCCGCCACCUUCGCCGUCGUCACCUGGACCAUCCGCCUGUUCCCCGACCCAGACGUCGAGGACAGCGGCAACGCCUGGAGAGACAUCCUCACCCUCGGCGACGAGCUGGUGAACGCGGCGACGGCCCCCUCCCUCGACCAGUUCAGAAUAAAGCACUUGAACCCCUUCCACGUGAACUUCAACCUGCUGCCGCAAGUCAUGGCCGACACGGACGCGCAAGCAGACCCCAGCGAGAAGACCUCGAGCUACGAGCACAGUUUAAGAGGCAUCAACGAGGCUCAUUCCUACCACGGUUUCUGGGCGAAGUAUGACCACCUGAUCUCCAGCACGCGGUGUCCCUUCCAGGCGAUACAUAGACAUCAACAUAACUUGAGUAAUGCAUUGUAACUUUAGUGUAGGCAGUGCGAGGCCGAUAGGUGGCGGGCCGGUAGCUGAAGGCAGCUCCCGGUCUCGUCCCCAACGUGUCUCUGCAAUACCCAAUGGCAAAACGACUUUCUUCAAAGUUCAAAUUCUUGUUUUAAGUUCAUCUCAAGUUCUCUUAUAGAGGACUUUAUUCAUCAGAUUUAAUUAUAUUUAGCAGACCUAAUUAUAGGCCUAUACAUUUUUUUUUAAGGUAUGAAUUAUUUAUCAUAAAUCAAAACUGUUACUGCGUUCAUUGUUAUAGUUGCUGUGUAUAGUUAUCAACAUUUUAUUUCACUGUAAUUCAUGUUCCUGCUUCCCUUUCACAAUAAGGUAAAAGUUAUGUGGACUGUUUUUAUCCGCGUUUCUUUCAAACUGUGAUGACUUUAUGUAUCACUGGACCACCGCAUGCAUCUGAAAAAUAACUCGUUUUCUGUUUUGACUAGUCUUGUUUUUCCUUCUUUAAUAUCUUUCCCCUAUUUCAUCCGGGUAUAUCAUACUUGCCUCCAUUUUUAUACCAGUUUCCUUGUCUCUGUGGCUGUGAGUCAUAUAGCCGAGUCCAUGAGGUUCUCUGAAUAAUGAGUUUUACCUGUGAUCAAGAGGCGUUAAGUGUGGAUCGACAAUCACAGAUUUUAACGCUCUAAAACUAUACUCAUUUUUAUAAGCGAGGAGAAGAUGCGCUAUAAAAACGUUGGAUAUAAUUAUUAUUUGAUAAUCGACUAAUUACUGCUGGUGGUUGUUCAAAAUAAAACCAUGUUUCUUGGUCGUUUCACAUCCAGUCAGUCACAAUCAACUUAAAAGAGCAUCUUCGCCUUGAUGAAUAAAAAUAGUACAGUGAUGUGAUGUGAGUGUUACAACUUAUUUUCUUUUCAUCCUAUUUGUACUGUCUCUGCCGUUUCAGCGUUCGUUCAAUGUUGUAAAUUGAAUGUAAUCCGUGUGUAUUUGUGAUUGUAAUUAUUUGACCCAUUGUAUCAUCCAUUUGCUCAAUUUGAAAGUAGUAAGUGUUUAUUAUGAUGCAUUCCGUCAUUUUGACAUUCGCUAUGACUCUCUCAUCCUCGAUUUGAAUAGAUCAUUUUACCCUAGGUUUGUAUUUUAAAAUCUUAAAAGAAAAAUAAAUUAAUUGAUUCAAAUCUA